CCACCCCAGUUCAUACAAAGAGGUUAUGAAUUUGAACGUGUACAUAGUUUCCAAAAUAAACAGGCUGGGAACAUGAGUAUUACCUCUGUAUCAAAAUAUAGGACGUUUUUGUAGUUUAAAUAAAAUCCAAAAGUGUCUUAUAUUUUGGUUCGGAGGGAGUAUCUCAACAAGUAACUUGAUAGUACCAAAUAAUAAAGGGCCUCAGUUUAAGGCCGGGUAAGCGUCUAUUUACUAAAAAAAUAAAGUACCAAAUAAUGGUGACGGUAAUCACAUUCCAAGACUACUGACGCUUAUUUGUCAGCGGAGGGAGUAAGAGUUCAACGUGUUGUUGAUAGGCACGUCUACAGGGAUAAGUUGUCUUGAAUUAAACUUAUCCAAAAGUCCAACCAGCAGUUUGCCGUCAUGCCGGAAUACAGAAAACAGCAGCGCCGCACCAACUCACAAGUGGCAGCGAUUUCUUUCCUAUUUUCUUCGAGCGACCCACCACCUCGGCCACGUACUACAGUACUCCCAUUUAUAGGCUGCCCCGUUCCUACUGGAGCUCCACUCACAAAAGCAUCGAGAAACCGACGAGACAAGCAGCCGCAGCAUACCAAUCGCAGAGCAGCAUUCAUCGCAAGACACAGGAUGCAUCCAGCAAUCAGAGCAGCGGGGAAGACGACGGCUGCCACGGCGCACGCCCGGUCGGCCAGCUUGCCGCACGAACACCCGCACCCCGUCCUGGCGCACCUAGACGACAGCAUCCACGCGCUCCGGUCAUGGUUGGCCAGAGGGGCUGCCGGUCAGUCAUCCGGCAUCGCCCUCGUCGAUGCCACCCUGGCAGCACUCGGUGAGCUCCUGGCGCUGCCGCAGGCUGUGGCAGCACUCCACGCCGCCGCGGCCACCGCCUGUGACCAAAUCCUCGAAAUGCUCCUUGUGCUCGCUGACGCCUACAGCACAUUCCUGUCAGCGCUUGUCACGCUCAAGCAGAGUGCCGCGGAGCUGCAGGUCGGCACUAGGCGCGGGGACGGCGCGAUGGUCGCUGCAUCGCUCCGUGCACACAGGCGGACAGAGAAGGAGCUGUGCCGCCUCGUCACUACGAUGCGGCAUGCCGCCAGGGGCACGUUGAGGACAUUGGAUGCCAAGAACAGUGAGGUGAUCGGCAUUGUGGCAGACGUAGCUGCGGCCACUGUGGAAGCAUCGGCGUCCAUCGUCAUGGGGUGUGCAGCGAUGUCAGCGGACAUGCCAGAUUUAUUUCAGAAAGUGCCUUCAAACAAGUGGCUGGCCAGGCUGAGCGUCAGGCCGCCCGCGAAGAAGGCAGCACCAGAGACAGCGAUGGCGGCAUUGGAGAGGUUGGAGAAGUUAGUGGAAUGCAUUGACGGGCCGGAGACCGGGAGCGAGAAGGUCUUCAGAAGACUGCUGCAGUCUAGAGUUUCACUUCUGAACAUCAUUACUCCCUUCUAACCUGCAGCCAUGCUGCCC